AUGGCCAGUGCUCAAGUCACGACUGCAGACAUUUGCUCUAGUGCUGCAUUCCUUACGCUUCCGGGUACACGUCUCGGUUCUAGUCCCAUCUUCAUGCGUGCAUUGAUCCAAGGAGACAAAGUCUGCAUUGAAUAUCAAUUGGAAGCAUCUAUAGCCAGUCAAGCCACAUGGUUGGGUGUCGGUCCAUCCCGUGACUCGGUCAUGGUGAGCAAUCCGGCUUCUAACGUUAUGCUUUUCUUCAAAAACACGGGCCAACCCGUGUCCUAUUUGCUUGGUGGUUACGUCAACAGUGAAGUGACGAAAGAGAGUGACCAAUCGACCUUUGUCGUAGGCUCUACUAGCACCAGCAACAUGAGCUUCAGCUUUCAGCGGACAUUGGCAGCUGCCACGUCGUCGGAGGUCGCAAUCUCAGCUACUGGGACUACGGAAUUUAUUUGGGCCUACGGUACUUCGUGGCCCAUUUCUUCGCACAAAAGCGGCACUAAUGGUGUAGCUACUUUCAAUAUUGCAGCAGCAGCUACGCCAUCAGGUUCAAUAAGCUCGUCCGUCAGCUCUAGUGCAUCUACACCCUGGUGUUAUGACAAGAAUUGUCCCAGUAUUGUUGGUGGCAGUGCCUUUGCUAUCAUGGCAGUGUGUGGUUUACUGCUCACUACGGUAUUCAAGUCUUCACCUGUCAGCAAGCUAUUGCUGCAUCGCACUGUGGCUUCACCUCCGGUCAAGUCAACGACCAAUGCACCAGUAGCCAAACCCCAUACCUUGUUUAUACAGGCAUUGGCUGACCUUCACUUUGGUGAAGUGCUGGUAAUGCUCAUCUUUGUUGCUGCUGUCAUUGUAUUAAUUUCUCUAUCGAACGAUAUGGGGAAAUACAACGUGUCGGGUCAAGUGAGUCUCUUGACUCUUAUGUUUCUCAUCCUCCCGGUGGCUCGGCUACCAGUGUGGUCGGCGCUUUUUGGUAGCUCAUUUGAGCGCAUUGUCAAGUUCCACCGCUGGCUCGGCUUCGUCAUGAUUGUUGCCUUGUUGGUACAUGUCAUAAUGGCGAGCGAAGUUGUCAAGCUUACGUCCACCGAGAAAUAUCGUGAAGUGACCCCACUCUAUGGGUUUAUUGCCUUUGCGUGCUUCGUCGUGAUGCUCGUCCUGUCGAUCGAGCCUAUUCGUCGCCUGUACUUCGAAGUGUUCUACUUCAGUCAUCGCGUGCUGUCAAUCGUGGGCUUUGUGUUUGCUAUUCUGCAUUCUCCAAAGCUCAUCGGUCUUGCGCUCUGCGUCCCGCUCGGACUUUAUGCUCUUAGCCUGUUAUACCGAUGGUCGAGCGCUUUCACGGGUUCGUACAAGGUCGCUGUUUCUGUGCACUCGGGUUCGAAUUCAACCACACUUGUGUUGGAAUCUACGGUGAAGACUGGCAAGCUAGCUAUGAACGUAAAUCCUGGAUCGUACUUCAUGGUGCGUCUACCGGCUAUCUCGGCCACUCAAUGGCAUCCGUUCUCCUCAAUUGUGACGCCGGAUGGCAAGUCGCUUGGUUUUUGCAUCAAGGCAAUGGGCAAUGAAUCUUUCACGCGUAAGCUUUUGGAGAAGGCUAGUACGCAGUUCGAUCUGACGGCGAACUUGUGUGGUCCUUUUGGCAAGAUGUCGCUUAACGUGGAGCUUUAUGAUGCCGUUGUACUGGUGGCCGGAGGUGUGGGCAUCACCCCCAUGAUGAGUCUGGUCAAUCAAAUGCGAUUGUUUCCCAAAACCACCACCGAUUUGGACAAGACUCGUAAGGCGGCGGACUGGUAUGUCGUGUGGGCGGUGCGCAAUCCAGAGGACAUUUUGAUGAUGGAUGAGUUCUUGCCAAGUCACGCGCAGCUCGACUUUGCAGCUCGCUCAAGCAUCCAGGACCCCAACAUGGCCAUUCUUGGAAAUCUUGCACUAGCACCUAUUAACAUCAACUGGAUGUUUCACGUGUCAAACGCGAGGAGCGGUGGUGUUGUUACCCGUGCGAAUGGCGAGACUCUAUCUUAUCGCAGUGGUCAGCCCAUUCUUGAUGAAGUGAUUAACACGAGUCGCUUCAAUGGCCGCAAAGUGACUGUGGUGGCAUGCGGACCACCGACAAUGACUGUCGAGGCUCAGUCACUCGCGCGCAACUGCAGCUUUGACUUCCACAAGGAGGUCUUUAAUUGGUAA